AUGGGUUUCCUCGGCAAGCAGGGCUACGUCCACCGGGAUGAGGCCGGCAACGAGAUCGUUUCGCCGUGGCAGAUGGGGCAGCGCUGCCCCCCGGACGCCCGCGUCUUCAUCUUCCGCAAGGGCUUCUCCGCCGGCACGAUCAAGAUGAAGCAGCUGCUCGGCGGCAAGGGCGCGGGCCUGUGCGAGAUGGCGCGCAUCGGCGUGAACGUGCCCCCCGGCUUCACCAUCACCACGGAGGUGUGCGAGCAGUUCCAGCAGGCGGGCAAGGUCCCCGAGGCGGUGUGGCGCGACGUCGCGCACGCGAUGGCCGAGCUCGAGGACGAGAUGGGCAUGAAGUUCGGCGACCCGUCGAACCCGCUCCUCCUCUCGGUGCGCUCGGGCGCGGCGCUGUCCAUGCCCGGGAUGAUGAACACGGUGCUCAACCUGGGGCUCAACGACGAGGUCGUCCAGGGCCUCGCGAAGAAGUACGGCGAGCGGUUCGCGUGGGACUGCUACCGGCGGUUCAUCGACAUGUACGCGGACGUGGUGCUGGACGUGUCGCACGACCUGUUCGAGGAGGCGCUCCAGGGCGUCAAGGAGGCCAAGGGCGUCAAGCAGGACGUGGACCUGUCGGCGGACGACCUGAAGGAGGUGGUCGCGGCCUUCAAGGGCGUGUGCGACCGCGCGGGCGCGCAGGUGCCCACCGACCCGUGGGAGCAGCUCAAGCGCGCGACGGGCGCGGUGUUCUCGUCGUGGAUGGUGCCGCGCGCGAUCAAGUACCGCGAGAUCAACAAGAUCACGGGCCUCAAGGGCACCGCCGUCAACAUCGUGUCCAUGGUCUACGGCAACCUCAACGACAACUCGUGCACGGGCGUGUGCUUCACGCGCAACCCCGCCACGGGCGAGAAGGGCCUGUACGGCGAGUUCCUCGUCAACGCGCAGGGCGAGGACGUCGUCGCGGGCAUCCGCACGCCGAUCAACACCAAGUUCAUGGCCGACAACUUCCCCGAGGCCUACCAGGACCUGCUCGACAACACCACGCGCCUGGAGAAGUACAUGCACGACAUGCAGGACUGCGAGUUCACGGUGCAGAACGGGCGCCUCUUCAUGCUGCAGACGCGCAACGGCAAGCGCACGGGCGCGGCGGCCAUCAAGAUCGCCGUCGACAUGGUGGACGAGGGCAUGAUCAACCGGCAGCAGGCGGUGUGCAUGGUCGAGGCCAAGCACCUGGACAUGCUCCUGCACCCGCAGUUCAAGGACGUCAAGGCCUACGCCAAGGACGUGGUCGCGGCGGGCCUCGCCGCGUCCCCGGGCGCCGCCGUCGGGCAGGUGGUCUUCUCGGCCGAGGACGCCGAGGCGGCGCACGCCGAGGGCCGCCAGGUCAUCCUCGUGCGCGUGGAGACGGUCGCGGACGACGUCGGCGGGAUGCACGCCGCCGAGGGCAUCCUCACGGCGCGCGGCGGGAUGACGUCGCACGCCGCCGUGGUGGCGCGCGGCUGGGGCAAGCCGUGCGUGUGCGGCUGCGAGCAGAUCCAGAUCAACGCCAAGGCCAAGACGUUCACGACGACCUCGGGCGCGGAGCUCAAGGAGGGCGACUGGAUCUCGAUCAACGGCACCACGGGCGAGGUGGUCAAGGGCCGCCAGGAGGUGGUGCCGCCGACGCUCAGCGGCGACGUGGCGCGCGUGAUGGACUGGGUCGAGGAGAACCGCAAGCUCGACGUGCUGACCAACGCCGACACGCCGAACGACGCCCGCGUCGCGCGCGACAACGGCGCCGUCGGCAUCGGCCUGUGCCGCACGGAGCACAUGUUCUUCGCCUCGGCGCAGCGCAUCCACGACAUGCGCCGCAUGAUCGUGUGCGAGCAGCUCGAGGAGGCCGCGCACCUCAAGGACGACGCCCUCGCGCGCCUCAAGCGCUACCAGGUCGAGGACUUUGAGGGCCUGUUCAAGGCCAUGAACGGCUACGAGGUGACGGUGCGGCUGCUCGACCCCCCGCUGCACGAGUUCAUCCCGAAGGAGGGCGCGGAGCUCGACCAGCUCGUCGCGGACCUCUCGAAGGAGAUGCACGUCGACCCCGUCAAGUGCAAGAACCGCAUCCUGGAGCUCUUCGAGGUCAACCCCAUGCUCGGGCUGCGCGGGUGCCGCCUGGGCAUCGUGCACCCGGAGAUCACGGAGAUGCAGGCCGAGGCGAUCCUCGAGGCCGCGUGCAACGUGCGCGCCAAGGGGCACUCGCCCGUGGCGCACAUCAUGGUGCCGCUCGUGGGCACGCCCGAGGAGCUCGCGCACCAGCUCGCCGUCGUGCGCGCCGCGGGCGAGCGCGUGUUCGCCGCCAAGGGCGUCCGCGUGCCGUUCAAGGUCGGCACCAUGAUCGAGAUCCCGCGCGCCUGCCUCAUCGCCGACGUCCUGGCCAAGCAGGCCGACUUCUUCUCGUUCGGCACCAACGACCUCACCCAGAUGACCUUCGGGUACUCGCGCGACGACGCCGCCAAGUUCCUCAAGAACUACGUCACCGGCGGCAUCCUCCCGCGCGACCCCUUCGAGUCGAUCGACCGCACCGGCGUCGGCGCGCUCAUCCGCAUGGCCGUCGAGAAGGCCCGCCAGGCCAACCCCAACAUCGAGCUCGGCAUCUGCGGCGAGCACGGCGGCGACCCCGACUCGGUCGCGCUCUUCCACGAGCUCGGGUUCAACUACGUGUCGUGCUCGCCGCUGCGCGUGCCCAUCGCCAGGCUCGCCGCGGCGCAGGCCAACAUCGUCGGGGCCUCGAAGCAGUCGGAGUAA